AUGGCGAAGGAUGAAGAAGAUGAGAAGAAAGCCAAGAAAAAGAAGGGAAAGAAGGCUCCGGAGCCAGAGAAACCAAAACGGAGCCUAAAAGGGACAUCCCGGUUGUUCAUGGGCUUCCGAGACCGCACACCCAAGAUCUCCAAGAAGGGCCAGUUCCGGAGUGCCUCGGCCUUCUUCUGGGGGCUCCACACAGGCCCGCAGAAGACCAAACGCAAAAAGAAGGCUAGGACUGUGCUCAAAUCAACAUCGAAGCUCAUGACACAGAUGCGGAUGGGCAAGAAGAAGCGCGCUAUGAAGGGCAAGAAGCCAUCCUUCAUGGUGAUUCGCUUCCCAGGGCGCCGAGGCUAUGGCCGGCUGCGGCCACGUGCUCAGUCGCUCAGCAAGGCCUCUACGGCGAUCAACUGGCUCACCAAGAGGUUCCUCAUCAAGAAGGCAGAGGCUUUGGGCAGCGAGCAGGCCACACUGGACGCCUGGCUCAACCGCUCAGACUCCCGGGGUUCACACAAGCUGCCCUUCCCGUCGGGCGCCGAGAUCCUCCGCCACGGUGGCCGCCUGCGCCGCUUCCCGCGGAGCCACAGCAUCUACGCGGCGGGCGAGCCAGUGGGCUUCCUGCCUUUCGAGGAUGAGGCCCCGUUCAGGCCUUCGGGAUCGCGCAGGUCGCUGUAUGGGCUCGAGGGCUUCCAGGACCUGGGCGAGUACUACGACUACUACCGUGAGGGCGACGACUACUACGACCAGCAGUCUCUCUACCAGUACGAGGAGCAGGAACCCUAUCUGACCCCCUACAGCCCUGCCUGGCCACCUUACAGCGGUGACCCCUACUAUGGGGUCGACCCCUACUAUGGGUACCCACCAGAGAUAGCCUACGAUCACCCUGAUGACUAUUAUGGGCGCGCCUACCCGCCCUACGCAUAUGGCUAUGAUGACUACGACCCUCCCUACGCACCCCCGUCUGGGUACGCGGACCCCUACAGCUACUACGAUGCUUACGAGGCCGAGGCUCACCCCUACAGCCACUGGGGGGACUCCUACCCCUACUACGACAUGGCCUACCUGCCCUAUCGCCUUCCUUACAACGGGUCCCACUGGGGUUCCUACAGUGCUCCCUACACCGACGGCAUCUACAGGGCUGGGGCCCAGGCCAUUUAUCCCCCUGAGGCCGCCUACUUGUACCCAGAGGAGUCGGUCUUCAUGUACCCAUGGGUGCCACCUCCUGUCCCAUCGCCCCACAACCCGUACGCCCACCCCAUGGACGACAUCGCCGAGCUGGAGGAGCCUGAGCUGGAUGCCGAGCGGCAGAGCACCUCCUUCCGCUUACCGAGCGCUACCUUCUUCGAGCAGCAAGGAAUGGACAAGCCGGCCAGAUCCAAGCUGUCCCUCAUCAGGAAGUUCCGCCUCUUCCCGCGGCCGCAGGUGAAGCUGUUUGGAAAGGAGAAGUUGGAGGUGCCCCUCCCGCCCUCCUUGGAUAUUCCCCUGCCCCUGGAGGAUGGAGAUGAGGAGGAGGAUGAGCAUUCGGUAAGCCCUGGGCACUAUGGCCAGUUCUUCUGGGAUCUCCUCCCGCCGCGCCAGCGCAGCCUCCAGCGUGCCCUGUCGGCCUUCGAGACCCGCCGCGACCUAGGCUUCAGGUCCAACUUUGCACAGCCCCCGGGCCAGCCGGCCACCUCGCUGGCCCGCUUUCUCAAGAAGACGUUGUCCGAGAAGAAACCCAUCCCGCGGCUAUGGGGCAAUGACAAGGGGACGCCGGCCGUUCGGGAGGCGGCCUACAAGCGCUUUGGCUACAAACUGGCAGGCAUGGACCCCGAGCGUCCCGGCACGCCCAUCACCCUGCGGCGCCUGCAGCCGCGCGCUCUCAACAACAACUCGUGCGCCGCGCGCUCGCCGUCGCCCGUUGGCCCACUGCCGCCUGCCUCGCCGCCGCCCCUCGGUCGGCUCCCGCCCGCCUCGCUGCGGGGCUCGCUGCGCCGUCCCCCGCCACCCUGGGCGGCUCCUGCUCACGUGCCGUUGGCCCCGCACACUGCGUGGUGGGGCUUCGUGGAGCCGCUGCCUGUGCGUCCAGAGGAAGGGGCAGACGCUCUGGCCUUCUGGCGCCAGCCCUCUCUCAGAGGGUCCCGCCAGCGAUGCCCAGCCUUCAGUUUCGCGGGCCGCUCGCCACAGACCUCACGUCGGCUGGGUUGGUCGCCGCAGCCCUCCCUGCGGAGCCUGCCGGGACCCAGUUUCCGUUCGGCCCAGGGCCCGUGGUCACCUCAGCCCUCCAUCCGCUCCAGCCCCUUUCAGCGGCCCUUCUCACCCCCGCCACCCCGGCCUCACUCGCUUCGGGAGCCGCUAAUCCCGCGCCCCAGGUCCAGGCGGCUAGGCCAGCCCUGCUCCCCAGCCCUGAGCUCACCCAGGCAGCCCCUGAGGACUAUCAGCCAGAGGCUGCCUGUGCCCGUGCCUCGGUGGGGCCCCAGCCUCAGGUACCACUCUUUGAAUAUGCCUUCACGCCUCUCACGCUCCUGGAAACGACUCAGUGAGCAGCCUGUUCGGGCCGUGAAGCCCCAGAUGCACCCAUCCUUUCAGCCUACCUUUGAGUGUCAGGACCCAGAAGAAAAUGACUCUGAGACACCGUGGACAGUGCCACCUCUGGCCCCUAGCUGGGACCAAUACAUGACUCCUGUCCAGCGUCCAUCCUCCCCACGGCCUAGAGGUUUCAGCAGAGUUAAUGGUUUACCCAGGCCACCUCUUGUGCCAGAAAACCCCUUUCUGGAGCAUGGGAACCCUGUGUCAUCUUCUACAACCCAGGCCAGGGUCCUAGCCUCUGACCCAGUCAGUGUCCAGGGCAGACACUGUGAACCAGGGCCUGGACAGCUCCUCAGAUCUUCAGGCCUGAGGCCAGAGAAGCAAGAAGAGGCCACCAUAGUAGAUUCCCAGACUCCAACCAAGCCUGAACUUCCAACUCCAAGACCCUCCAAAGAUCUCAUCCCAGAGCAUAAGGCCCUACGCCGCAGCCUCUCCCAUCCUUUAGCUGCGUGUGACCAGAGGAGGGCCAUAUGGCCACCAUGGCGACGUUGGAUGACGGUGCCCAGAGCCCCACCCGCUUUAGUACCCACUGGGACACCAGGGUCCCUGUUUGAGAGGGACAGGCAUCUCCAGGCUGAGCCUAAACGUUGUGCAGUGGUCAUGCCUCAGGUGCUAGAGCUGAGCUUCCAGCAAGUAGGUCCUGCCACCCUCCAGCUCCCUGUCCAUCAGAUCCAGGACCCCCAGCCCAGUCUAGAACCAAGAAAUAUGAGUCUGCGCUUAACUCAGCCCUGGCAGCCAGCAGAGGCCCGCCAACUUUGGCCAACGGUGCACACAUGCCCUCCAUCCCGACGAUUGGGCCCAGGAGUUACCUGCUUGCCCCAGAGAGGCCCUUGUGAAGAGUUUGGGCCCCAGAAUGGGCAGAAUAAGAUGCACUCCAUCCGCAAUCUGCCGUCCAUGCAGUUCCGUGAGAAUCAAGGGAAGGAUGGUGUGGAGGACAUGACGCAGCUGGAAGAUCUCCAGGAGACCACUCUGCUGUCUAAUAUCAAGACUAGAUUUGAACAGAACCUCAUCUAUACCUACAUUGGCAGCAUCCUGGUGUCAGUGAAUCCAUACCAGAUGUUUGGGAUCUAUGGGCCAGCACAGGUGCAGCAGUACAGCGGCAGGGCUCUGGGAGAUAACCCACCACACCUCUUUGCAAUUGCGAAUCUUGCCUUCACCGCAAUGCUUGAUGCCAAACAGAACCAAUGCAUAAUCAUCAGUGGAGAAAGUGGAUCUGGCAAAACUGAGGCCACGAAGUUGAUUCUGCGCUACCUGGCCGCCAUGAAUCAGAAGCAGGGCAUCCUGCAGCAGAUAAAGAUACUAGAGGCAACACCUCUCUUGGAGUCCUUUGGGAACGCCAAAACCGUAAGGAAUGACAACUCUAGCCGCUUUGGGAAGUUCAUGGAGAUCUUUCUGGAAAGAGGUGUCAUCUCUGGUGCCAUUACUUCCCAGUACUUGCUUGAGAAGUCCAGGAUUGUGUUCCAGGCCAAAAAUGAACGGAACUACCAUAUCUUCUACGAGCUGCUGGCUGGGCUGCCCACCCAGGUCUGCCAGAACUUUAGCCUACAGGAGGCAGAGACCUACUACUACCUAAAUCAGGGUGGGAACUGCGAGAUUGAGGGGAAGAGUGAUGCAGAUGAUUUUCGGCGGCUCCUAGCGGCCAUGGAGGUGCUGGGCUUCAGUGGUGAGGACCAAGACAGCAUCUUUCGUAUCUUAGCCUCCAUCCUGCACCUUGGCAAUGUCUACUUUGAGAAGUAUGAGACGGAUACACAGGAGGUGGCCUCCGUGGUAAGUGCCCGAGAGAUCCAAGCUGUGGCCGAGCUGCUGCAGAUCUCCCCUGAAGGCCUGCAGAAGGCCAUCACCUUCAAAGUGACAGAGACAAUACGAGAGAAGAUCUUCACACCUCUGACUGUCGAAAGCGCUGUGGAUGCUAGGGAUGCCAUUGCCAAGGUCUUGUAUGCACUGCUGUUUGGAUGGCUCAUCACCAGAGUGAAUGCACUAGUGUCCCCACAGCAGAAUACGUUGUCCAUUGCCAUCCUGGACAUCUAUGGCUUUGAGGACCUGAGCUUCAACAGCUUUGAGCAGCUGUGCAUCAAUUACGCAAAUGAGAAUCUUCAGUACCUUUUCAACAAGAUCGUCUUCCAGGAGGAACAGGAGGAAUAUGCCCGUGAGCAGAUCGAGUGGGAGGAGAUCAGCUUUGCCGACAACCAACUCUGUAUCAACCUCAUCUCACUGAAGCCCUAUGGAAUCCUGCGCAUCCUGGAUGACCAGUGCUGCUUUCCCCAGGCCACAGACCACACAUUCCUGCAGAAGUGCAACUACCAUCAUAGUACUAACCCACUCUACGCCAGACCCAGGAUGCCCCUGCCUGAGUUCACCAUCAAGCACUAUGCAGGAAAGGUCACAUAUCAGGUGCACAAGUUCCUGGAUAAAAAUCAUGACAAUGUACGCCAGGAUGUAAUGGACUUGUUUGUACGGAGCCGGGCAAGGGUUGUGGCACACCUGUUUGCAAGUCAUACCCCCCAGGUGGCCCCUCAUCGCUUAGGCAAGAGCAGCUCUGUCACCCGGCUUUACAAAGCGCACACAGUGGCUGCCAAGUUCCAGCAGUCCCUGCUGGAUCUGGUGGAGAAAAUGGAGAGGUGUAAUCCUUUGUUUGUGCGCUGCUUAAAGCCCAACCACAAGAAGGAGCCUGGCCUCUUUGAGCCAGAGGUUGUAAUGACACAGCUGCGCUACUCAGGAGUGCUGGAGACGGUGCGCAUCCGAAAGGAAGGCUUCCCAGUGCGGCUGCCCUUCCAGGUGUUCAUCAGCAGGUACCGCUGUCUACUGCCCCUUAGUCACAGCCUGCCAGCCACUGGGGACACCUGUGUGUCGAUGCUGAGCCGCCUAUGCACUGUCAUGCCUGCCAUGUACCGUGUUGGUGUCAGCAAGCUGUUUCUUAAAGAACACCUGUACCAGCUGCUUGAGAGCAUGCGAGAACGGGUCCUGCACCUGGCAGCUCUCACCUUGCAGCGCUGCCUCCGUGGCUUCUUCAUCCAGCGACGAUUCCACUCACUGCGCCACAAGAUCAUCCUAUUGCAGAGCCGGGCCAGAGGCUACCUGGCCAGGCAACGGUAUCAACAGAUGAGGCAGAAUCUAGUGAGGUUCCGGUCCCUGGUGCACUCAUACAUAAGCCGAAGGCGUUACUUCAAGGUAAGACCCCUCUUCCUGGUACAGAGAGAAGGCUGGUGCGGGUGUGGAAAACUGGACUCCUCACAUACUCUGUUCCUCCAGGAGCAGAGCAAACGGGAGGUAGUUGCUGUAGAACACUUGGAAGUACCUGCUGAUCUUGCUGGGCUCCUGCACGCAACAGCAGCAGGCCUCAGGCUGCCGCAGGUGCCCCAAGUGGUGCUGAUGCAGACCCCCAGGCUCCAGACCGAGUUCCGGGUCACACUUCCCCUGGAUAUCAACAAUUAUUCCAUGGCCAAGUUUGUUCGAUGCCACUUCAAGGAGCCUACCUUUGGGAUGCUGACAGUGCCCCUGCAGACCCCUCUCACAUGGCUACCGGCUGAGCACCACAGGGAAGCGCUGAGCAUCUUCAAGCUGGUACUGCGUUUCAUGGGUGACCCCCAUCUGCACAGUGCCCAGGAACAGGUCUUUGGGAACUACAUUGUGCAAAAAGGACUGGCAGUGCCUGAACUUCGUGAUGAGAUCCUGGCACAGCUGGCCAACCAAGUGUGGUGCAACCCCAAUGCCCACAAUGCCGAGCGGGGCUGGCUAUUGCUGGCCACCUGCCUCAGUGGCUUCACACCUUCCUCACGUCUCAACAAGUACCUCCUCAAGUUUGUGUCUGAUUAUGGGCAGAAUGGCUUCCAGGCUGUAUGUCAGCAGCGGCUCAUGCAGGCCAUGGGCCAGGCCCAGCAGCAGGGCUCUGAUGUCUCUAGAACUUUCCCCCCAACGAAGCUCGAGUGGAGAGCCACGCAGGAGAAGGCCAACAUGGCUCUAGAUGUGGGUUGUUUCAAUGGAGACCAGUUCUCCUGUCCAGUACACUCCUGGAGUACAGGGGAAGAGGUGGCUGGAGACAUCUUAAGACACAGAGGAAUGGCCGAUGGCUGGCGGGGCUGGACAAUCGCCAUGAGGAACGAGGUCCAGUGGGCGGAGCUAGCUGGUCACGACUACGUGCUGGACCUGGUGUCAGACCUAGAGCUUCUCAGAGACUUUCCAAGACAGAAGUCAUACUUCGUUGUGGGUGCAGAAGGACCUGUAGCUGGAAUGGGAAGCCCUAGAGUGGUGUUUGGGAGCAACUGGGACUCAGAUGAGGAUGCACCCACGAGGCCUCAGCCCCAGGAGCAUGUGCCCCAAUUGCCUGACACCCAUGAGUAUUGCAGCCACAAAGAGGAUGGUACAAAGGGGAACACUGGAGCCCAAGGGGGGAACACCAUCAGCCAGGCAGCCACUUGUGCUGAGCCUGUUGUGCCCCAUAAAGGGCUGGACUGCUACCUGGACAGUCUCUUCAACCCCGUGCUGUCAUGUGGAGAGGUGGACCUAGAGAAACCGAAAGUCAUCAUCUCCCACAUGAAGGGGGGUGGCCAGCCUAGUGGAGACAGUAGUGGCAGCACUCAAGAUUCCCCCAGAAGACCCCCAGAACCAGAACCAAUCCCCAGACUGGAUGCCUCCACACUGGCCCUGCAGCAAGCCUUCAUCCAAAAACAGGCCAUGCUGCUGGCCCGGGAGAUGACUCUACAGGCCAUGGCACUCCAACAGCCCCCUCUGAGCCCUACCCCAAGACCACUGCACUCCAAGACAUCCUUAGUGCCAGAGUCAUGGCUUAAGUCCAUGGGCACUGGGCCUCCAGCCAAGCCGGUGCUUCUGCGUGCCACCCCAAGACCUGUGGCUCCAGUACCCCCAGCCAAAGAUCAUGGUUCCCUGACCAAGUCCAAAGUUGUCCCCAUUCCAGCUCAGGACCAGUCUUCUCUAGAAACAAGUGAGUCCUCCCCAGACUUGGUCAGGCAUUCAACACUCAACUCUGAGCAUUUUCCCCAGCCCACACAGCAGAUCAAGGACAUUGUGCGACAGUACCAGGCUCCCAGGGGAGGGCAGCCCAAGGCCCUCAGGAAGGACGGUGGAAAAGUGUUUGUGAAGCGGCCAGACCCCCAUGAGGAGGCCCUGACUCUCCUGAAGGGACAGAUGACUUACCCAUCGGUAGCACCUGGCAUCCAGGUGCCAAGAGAGACUGUGGCCUUGGUGAAACCAGUGACCUAUGGGCUGAAGCCACCUGCGGGACCCACAGCAGCACUACCCGGCCAGUCUCUGGAGGCCCUUGAGGAGCCUAUUCAGACACGACUACAUCGGCUGCUCAAUCCCAACUUCUAUGGCUACCAGGAUGCUCCCUGGAGGCUCUUCCUGCGCAAGGAGGUGUUUUACCCCAAGGACAACUGCAACCACCCAGUGCAGCUUGACCUCCUGUUCCGACAGAUCUUGCAUGACACGCUCUCUGAGGCUUGCCCGCGCAUCUCCCAGGAGGAGCGUCUUCAGAUGAAGGCCCUGUUCGCCCAAAAUCACCUGGAUACUCAGCGGCCCCUGGUGACGGAGAAUGUGAAACGGGCCGUGGUCAGCACUGCACGUGACUGCUGGGAAGUCUACUUCUCCCGCCUCUUCCCAGCCACGGGCAGUGUGGGCACCGGCAUACAGGCCCUAGCUGUAUCCCACAUGGGCAUCAAACUCCUGAGGAUGGUCCAGGGUGGCCAGGAUGCCAGCAGAGAGCUUCGGGUUCUUCGUACUUACAGCUUUGCAGACAUCCUGUUUGUGACCAUCCCCUCCCAGAAUAUGCUGGAGUUCAACUUGACUAGCGAAAAAGUCAUCCUCUUUUCAGCUCGCGCUCACCAGGUCAAAACUCUGGUGGAUGACUUCAUCCUGGAGCUGAAGAAGGAUUCGGAUUAUGUGGUGGCUGUAAGAAACUUCCUACCUGAGGACUCGACAUUGCUGUCUUUCCACAAGGGCGAUAUCAUCCACUUGCAGCCCCUGGAGCCACCACACACAGGCUACAGCUCUGGCUGCGUGGUCCAAAGGAAGGUCGUGUACCUGGAGGAGCUGCGGCGUGGAGGGCCUGACUUUGGCUGGAGGUUCGGGACCAUCUACGGGCGUGUGGGCCGCUUCCCCUCAGAUCUGGUACAGCCUGCUGCUGCUCCCAACUUCCUACAGCUACCAGCUGAGCCCAGCAGGGGCCAGGCUGCAGUUGUGGCUGCAGCUGUCGCCUCAGCAGCAGCUGCUCAGGAGGUGGGCCGCUGGAGAGAGAGUCCUGUACUCAGGGUGAGCUCCCCAGAUCUCCUGGAGGACACUUUGGCUUCUCCACAGCACACUAUGUUGGAGUUUGCCCGGAAGUAUUUCCGAGACCCACAGAAGAGACCCCAGGAUGGCCUCAGACUACCACAGAAGGAGUGUCAGGAGUCCCAAUCUCUGGAGGCCAUGCUUUGUUUCACCAAGACCCCACUCCAGGAGUCCCUGAUUGAAUUCAGCGACAGCAGCCUCAGCAAGCUGGCCACAGACAUGUUCCUAGCUGUGAUGAAGUUCAUGGGAGAUGCCCCACUGAAGGGCCAGAGUGAACUAGACGUGCUCUGUACCCUACUGAAGCUGUGUAGGGGCCAUGAGGUCUUGCGGGAUGAAUGUUACUGCCAAGUUGUGAAGCAGAUCACGGAUAACACCAGCACCAAGCAAGACAGCUGCCAGCGAGGCUGGCGUCUGCUGUCCAUCGUAACUGCCUACCACAGCUGCUCCGAGGUCUUCCGGCCACACCUCAUCCACUUCCUCCAAGACAUGAGCCAGACCCCAGGCCUGCCUUUCCAGGGUAUUGCCAAGGCCUGUGAGAAGAACCUGCAGAAAACCUUGAGAUUUGGUGGUCGUUUGGAGCUCCCCAGCAGCAUGGAGCUUCGGGCCAUGCUGGCUGGUCGAAAUUCCAAAAGGCAGCUCUUUCUUCUUCCUGGAGGCCUUGAACGCCAUCUCAAAAUCAAAACAUGCACAGUGGCCCUGGAUGUGGUGGAGGAGAUUUGUGCUGAGAUGGCUCUGAUGCGCAGCGAGGCCUUCUAUGAGUACAUCAUCUUCAUUGUUACCAACAAAGGUCAGCACGUGUGUCCACUCAGCCGCCAUGCCUACAUCCUGGAUGUGGCCUCCGAGAUGGAGCAGAUGGAUGGUGGUUAUAUGCUUUGGUUCCGGCGUGUGCUCUGGAAUCAGCCGCUCAAGUUUGAAAAUGAGUUGUAUGUGACUAUGCACUUCAACCAGGUCCUGCCUGACUACCUGAAAGGUCUCUUCAGCAGCAGGCUCCCCAGCCAGCCCAGUGAGCAACAGCUGCAGCAGGUGUCCAAGCUGGCCUUACUGCAGCACCGUACAAAGAACCGCUUCUACCUGCCCAGUGUGCAAGAGGUCCAGGAGUACAUCCCAGCCCAACUCUACUACAUAAUCGCAAGUUCCAGCUGGCUCCGCCUGAUCAAUCAGCACUGGCAGCAGACACAGGCUCUUAGCCCCCACCAGGCCCGAGCCCAGUUUCUAGGCCUCCUCAGUGCCUUGCCCAUGUUUGGCUCUUCCUUUUUCGUCAUCCAGAGCUGCAGCCACGUGGCUGUGCCAGCCCCUUGCAUUCUUGCUGUCAACUAUAAUGGACUCAACUUUCUCAACACUGAGACCCAUGAGCUGAUAGUGGAGUUCCCCCUGAAGGAGAUCCAGUCCACCCGGACUCAGCGGCCUACAGUCAACUCUAGCUACCCCUACGUGGAGAUUGUGCUGGGGGAUGUGGCAGCCCAGCACACUAUGCAGCUACAGUUGGACCAGGGCCUGGAGCUGUGUCGUGUGGUGGCGGCCCAUGUGGAAAACCUGCUCAGUACCCGAGAGAAGCAACUCACCUUACCCCCCAGUGAGAUUACCCUGCUCUGA